AUGCAAUGCUUCAGGCCCGAUUUGGCUUUUCCAACUGUGGAUCCAAGUUUACUUCCAGAGUUAGGUCCAACUAACAUCACAUUGCUGGGUGACUCGCUUCUAAGAAAAUCGAUUGCUAGCCUCCCCUUACCCAAGCAUCACAUUCCAGGCAUCCCCACACUAGAGACUAAAGAAGAAGAACUAGAACUUUGGGCAAGUAUCUUAAUCAGUCGAGAUCUUCCUUAUGGUCUUGCACUGAACAAAGGGAACCAUUACCCAUGUGGCUGCAAGGUUUACUAUCCUGCAGUCGUUGGUCAUCAAAUGAAUGUUGGGGAGGAUGGGAACUCAUAUGACUAUGAUUUCAAGAUUCUACCAGCCGAUGACACCAUCCUUGCCCGACCGAGAAAGAUCCCAAGGAACCCAUUAGCCCUAGCUCGAGUAGGUAGAGCAACCCAACGCCACUCACUCAACCACUCACUUAGCCAUUUCUUCUUCAGCCAAGAAUCUCGAAUUCCCAUAUUUGAGGCUGAGGUUGGUGGACAGACUAUUACUUCUGAGGCUAAAAUGGUGACAGAGGUGAUUGGUACCAACCCUUCCACCAACCUAGAUGUUAGCAUGGCCGAGACUCAACAAGUCAUCCGACCAUCAGGAGAUCAUGAGGUUGAUGACCCCUCCCAUAUUCCAGAUCAUCAGCCCCUGAUCCUUUUAUUGGGUUCAUGUGAGCUUGAUAGGUGA